CAAUUUAUUAUAGGUUAUGUUUAUAUUGUAAAAUAAAAAUUAAAAAUAACUUAGAAGAAUCAAAGAAAUUGCAAUAAUACAGUAAUUUCGUCAUAAUGUUUAGUUUAUCGAUUUUAAAACAAUUUAACAGACUGUCGUUAUCUACACCUACGGCAAUAGCUAUAAAUCGUAAUAUUUUCACCGCAUCGACGUUACAAUUUAAAAUAACUGAACAAUUAUGUGCGGAGCCUUUAAAGAAGAAGAAGAAGAUGGAUCCCGCUAUCAUAAAAGCUCGUGAAGAUAGGCGUCGUAAGAAACUAGAAAAACAAAUUAGACGCUUGGAAAAGAAUGCUAGACAAUUAAAACCUAUUGAUGAAUUAGAGAUUCCUUUAAAUGUUGUGGAUCAAAUAGGAAAGCGGAAAAGACCUGAAGUGAAACUGGGUGAACAGGAGGUGGAAGCUCGUGCAUUGUUACAAAAAGAAUGGAGUCGCUACAAACGUGCAGAGUAUAUGUCAACUGUUGCACAAAUUGACAGAAUCAUGGGAGCACAAAAGCGUGCAUUAGACAUGCUCUAUGAGGAAUCUGAAGAUUUGUACAAUGAAGCUGUUAUGCCGGAUCUAAAACUGAUUCCUUACAGUAUAAAGGGUCCUGUUGCGACCCCACCCAUCAAGAACUAUGAUUCCCCCGAUGGAGAAUACAUAGAUGUUUCCAAAAAGUGGAUUAAUUAAUUUUGGUUUGUUAAGUAGGUUUAAUUAGAUUGUUCAUAAAUAAAUUAUACAUU